UUGGGAGCGGAGGGGUGUCCAGGCAAUCCAGAUUACCAAGACCAUUGCAACCAGAAGCCUGGCUAGAGGAGGGAGGACCCUGGACUCAGCCACGGUGGGCGCGCCCUGCCAAGGAGGGCGGAGGGCGGAGCAGGAGAAGGAGGGAGAAGGGAGGGCAUGUGAGCGAGUGAGAUACAAGAAAAGCUUGCGCGCCACCGCCCUCCUCGGGAGAGAGGCUGGAGUGAGACUGAGCGGAGAACCGCAUUUCAAUGAGGACCAGCUCCAGCGCAUCGGUGCACUAGCGGUCGCAGCUUCCAGACGCUCGAGCUCGCAGCCCCAGCCGCGCCCAGCCCGGCGAGGACAGCUCCAGCAGCCGGCCACAGACAACCCAGCCUCCACCCGCGACCGGUUCCAUAAGCAAGCCAGCCAUGUCGUUCGGCAGAGAUAUGGAGUUGGAGCAUUUUGAUGAGCGGGACAAGGCGCAGAGGUACAGCAGGGGGUCCCGUGUGAAUGGCCUGCCCAGCCCCACACACAGCGCCCACUGCAGCUUCUACCGCACCCGCACCCUGCAGACGCUCAGCUCCGAGAAGAAAGCCAAGAAGGUUCGAUUCUACAGAAAUGGUGACCGCUACUUCAAAGGAAUUGUGUAUGCCAUCUCCCCAGACCGCUUCAGGUCUUUCGAGGCCCUGCUGGCUGAUUUGACCCGAACUCUCUCGGAUAAUGUGAAUUUGCCCCAGGGGGUGAGAACCAUCUACACCAUCGAUGGACUCAAGAAGAUCUCCAGCCUGGACCAGCUGGUGGAAGGUGAAAGCUAUGUCUGCGGCUCCAUCGAGCCCUUUAAGAAGCUGGAGUACACCAAGAAUGUGAACCCCAACUGGUCAGUGAACGUCAAGACCACCUCAGCCUCCCGCGCAGUGUCUUCUUUGGCCACUGCCAAGGGUGGGCCUUCGGAGGUUCGGGAGAAUAAGGAUUUCAUUCGACCCAAGCUGGUCACCAUCAUCAGAAGUGGGGUGAAGCCACGGAAGGCUGUCAGAAUCCUGUUGAACAAGAAGACGGCUCAUUCCUUCGAGCAGGUUCUCACUGACAUUACCGACGCUAUCAAGCUGGACUCCGGUGUGGUGAAGCGCCUGUACACCCUGGAUGGGAAGCAGGUGAUGUGCCUUCAGGACUUUUUUGGUGACGAUGACAUUUUUAUUGCAUGUGGACCAGAGAAGUUCCGUUACCAGGAUGAUUUCUUGCUAGAUGAAAGUGAAUGUCGAGUGGUGAAGUCAACUUCUUACACCAAAAUAGCAUCAGCGUCCCGCAGAGGCACAACCAAGAGCCCAGGGCCUUCCCGGAGAAGCAAGUCCCCAGCCUCCACCAGCUCAGUUAAUGGAACCCCUGGUAGUCAGCUCUCUACUCCACGCUCGGGCAAGUCACCAAGUCCAUCACCCACCAGCCCAGGAAGCCUGCGGAAGCAGAGGAUCUCUCAGCAUGGCGGCUCCUCUACUUCACUUUCAUCCACAAAAGUCUGCAGCUCAAUGGAUGAGAAUGAUGGCCCUGGGGAAGGUGAUGAGCUUGGGAGAAGGCACAGCUUGCAGAGGGGAUGGAGGAGGGAAGAGUCUGAGGAAGGCUUCCAGAUUCCUGCCACAAUAACAGAGAGAUACAAAGUCGGGAGAACAAUAGGAGACGGAAAUUUUGCUGUUGUCAAGGAAUGUAUAGAGAGGUCGACUGCUCGGGAAUAUGCCCUGAAAAUCAUCAAGAAAAGCAAAUGCCGAGGCAAAGAGCACAUGAUCCAGAACGAGGUCUCCAUCCUAAGGAGGGUGAAGCAUCCCAACAUUGUCCUCCUGAUUGAAGAGAUGGAUGUGCCGACUGAACUGUAUCUUGUAAUGGAAUUAGUGAAGGGUGGAGACCUUUUUGAUGCCAUCACCUCCACUAGCAAAUACACAGAGAGAGAUGCCAGCGGGAUGCUGUACAACCUGGCCAGCGCCAUCAAAUACCUGCACAGCCUGAACAUCGUCCACCGUGACAUCAAGCCAGAGAAUCUGCUGGUGUAUGAGCACCAGGAUGGCAGUAAAUCACUCAAGUUGGGUGACUUUGGCCUGGCCACAAUUGUCGACGGCCCCCUGUACACAGUCUGUGGCACCCCAACAUAUGUGGCUCCAGAAAUCAUUGCAGAGACUGGAUAUGGCCUCAAGGUGGACAUCUGGGCAGCUGGCGUGAUCACUUAUAUCCUGCUGUGUGGCUUCCCUCCGUUCCGUGGAAGUGGGGAUGAGCAGGAGGUGCUUUUCGACCAGAUCUUGAUGGGCCAAGUGGACUUUCCAUCUCCAUACUGGGACAAUGUGUCAGACUCUGCUAAGGAGCUCAUCAACAUGAUGCUGUUGGUUAAUGUGGACCAGAGAUUUUCAGCCGUGCAGGUCCUUGAGCAUCCCUGGGUUAAUGAUGACGGUCUCCCAGAAAAUGAGCAUCAGCUGUCAGUAGCUGGCAAGAUCAAGAAGCAUUUCAACACAGGUCCCAAGCCGAGCAGCACUGCAGCAGGAGUUUCUGUAAUAGCACUGGACCACGGGUUUACCAUCAAGAGAUCAGGGUCUUUGGACUACUACCAACAACCAGGAAUGUAUUGGAUAAGACCACCGCUCUUGAUAAGGAGAGGCAGGUUUUCCGACGAAGACGCAACCAGGAUGUGAGGAGCCGGUACAAGGCGCAACCAGCUCCACCGGAAUUGAACUCGGAAUCGGAAGACUACUCCCCCAGCUCCUCUGAGACUGUUCGCUCCCCCAAUUCGCCCUUUUAAUAAGACCCUUUUACUCGAAGUCCUAGCUUAACCCUUUAAGACUCUGAGAUUUCCCCCUCCCCCCAAACUUCUGUAAAACAGGUUCAUCUGAUCUAUCUAGCACUCAGUGCUGAACGGCAGAACAGAAAGUGUGUUUUGGGUACCUUUGUAGCAAGUUCCCUUUACUGAAUGAGAAGGCAUGUGGUGUUUGUGACAAUGGUAAUUUGCUGCUAAUUGGGGUCCUUAAAGGGUUAAGGCUAAUUUGCGAAUUUUUUUUUUUAACAUAGAAGUAAUGAAUGUUUUCAUCGGUCAAACUAGAAUCUGCAGUAUGGAACAUAGCACAUGUUAGCCCUCUGAGUGCAUAGAAUUUUCUUGAGAAUCCUUGCUGGGGAAUUUUUCAGGCCCUUGAAUAUCUUCACACAUAUUUCUUGAUUUUACUGCAGACCAAGGGGCACCAUAAGACCCAAAAAAUGUCCACACAAGAAGAGUAUAGAGAAUGACACACUGCCAAUCCUUCUCUGUGGGUUUAGAAAAUGACAGGUUUUAUAGCAUCAGCAGAUGCAUCCAUCUUUUCUUAACCAUCUUAGGAAGAAGGGAAGUCCCUGUCCCUAAGUAGUAAGCUGGUUAGCUGCAGAGUCUUCUCUGCUUUGAUUGGAGAGAACUGGGUCUGUUGCAGCCUAACCCUAGUGAUUGACAGUGUCUCUCCCUGUCUCCAUACAAAGAUAUGCUGAAGACGCCCCUGCCACGCUGCUUCCCCAUUACCUGCUGCUACUGCCAGGCAGACCCUCGGGGAACCACCUAGCCUUGGCUUGUGCUUGGUGAGUUGGGAUCUGUCUGCUCAGGAUCAGAAGAGCUCAAGAAACCACUGGUAAAAAGAGCAAUAAAUUACCAGGUGCUCUACAGGGCUGGGAAUCCAACCAGCAAGGGAAAGCAAGGCUCUGUGUUGUUUUUGUUUUGUUUUGUUUUUCUCAGCUGCUUUUACACAGGACCGUAGCCACCAGUGUGAAACCAACACAGAAUGGAAAAGAUCUGGGGCAAGAGGCUAGUGCUUUGCAAAGAGGCAGAAGGGAAAGUUCAGAGGAAACACAAUCCAAAAGGUUCUAAAAUGGGAUUCAUAGAAACAAACCGAUUCCAUGGUAACUCUAGGUACCAGGAAGUCAGUACCAGCAAGUCUCCCAGAAGAUACCUUGGCGGCUGAAGCCGCCACUCCCGUUCAUGAUUUUCUUUACUUUAGUGUGGUCUCCAGUCCUCCAGAGGGGAUGUGUUGCUUUUCUGGUCUGGGGCCAAAGCCUGCCUGGGGUUGGUUUUUCACUCCUGUUACACAGUCCGUCUCCCAGGCCUGAGUUUCUUAGGGAGCCGAUUGUGUUUCAGAAGGUGGGCUUGUGCUUCUUCACUAUAUCCGCGCUCCAGAGGGAUGCAGGAGGCAAGACCCAACUCAAACAUUGCCCUAAUGUUUUCUCAGUUUUGACUCAGGAGAGAACAAUUUUACACUCCAGGAUGACAACAGGCCCCUUACUUGCUCAUUCUUGCUUUGAAUGUAUUUUAAUGUCUUGAAAGUUAUGAACAAUCUUCCCAGAGUCAGGUCUUUAUUUUCGAACUCUACACUGAUCUGCAGCUGCUAUGUUUAUAAAUAGUCAUAGGUUCUGCACAUUCAUAGAUUUUUAAAUGACAGAAUCCUACAUUUCCUGCUCUUUCACAUUUAAAUAUAACAUUUAUUUAGUUUUUCUUUUCCUUUUUGGGAGUCCAGAAAUGAUACACAUAAAAUCACAAAAUGGUAAAUCUGUAUAUUAUUUGAAUUGGGUGUUGGGGCUAAGGACAGGGCACAGACCACCAGAAAGGGUGUCGAUUUGAAGACAGAGUUCAUAUCGGUAAGAGACUAGAAUUGGUCUGAAAUCGCUACUUUCUGUGGGACAGAAAAGCAAAGCGCUAUCCUAAUCAGCAAGUGAUGGCAUCGCUGAGCCUCAACUCCACGUGUGUGACUAUAAAACACCCUGUGGCCAAGAGCAGAUUGCCACUUCCCUUUCUCUGAAUUACUGCUUUCCCUGGUCAUUAACGUAUGGCCACAGCAUCCUGGGGUACAGGCCCACAGUGCAGGGCUCUGGAACAUUUCCAUCAACAUUUUCUCAUCAGGUUGCAGAAGAGCAGCUCAGAAUUCAGAGCCCAGGCAGAAGGACGAUCACAGCACAUCCCUAUAGAAUUUCAGUGAUCUACGCUGAAUAAAUAGUGGAAUGUAACCUGUCAAGUAGAAAUAUUGAGCAAUCAGAUGGAAUGCAGUAAUUCAGUAAUCUUGCCAGCGUCAAGCUACCAAGAUCUUAGAUGUCAGAGUUGUAACUCAGAGGGUGAACAGACAAGCACAGGCUGCUGACUUGGUGCAUCCAGACCGCUUUGCUGUAUUCUACCCAGUACAAAUAUCCUCCCUUCAACAUUCUCAGAAUAGCUCCAGUUUGAAAUAAUUAAGUGGUGGUGUUCUUUGAAUUUCUAUAACCAAAUCAAUCUUAUUUUUUGUUUGGUGUAUCAUAGAACAACUAUGUGCCAUCAUGGCUGUGUAUCGCUGUAAUUAUCCACUGAACCAUCAUGACUGUUUCCAUAUUUUUGCAUAUUGAAUAUAACUCUUACGGUGGUAGUCUGGUGAUGGGAACUGCCUUUCCUUUAUUAGCAAGACCAGUCUUAUGGUAUUGAAAGGAUUCUUUCGGUCUGAGAGUAGAGUAGUUGAACACUCCUUCAUUACUUGCUUCCUGUAAAUCAAUUCUGUAGAUGAGACCCAUUUAAUGAACACAUUUCCCCCUCCACAUUGUAGAAGGAACCACUUUAUUUGUCAUGAUCAAUAAAUAUGUGAAUUGUUCCAAACCAUUAGAAGGAAAAGGUAAGGUCUUCAGUCCCUGGAAAUGUUCUGGCUGUAGUCUUCACCUGACUCCCACGUGGUAUGUAUUAACUUAAGUCGAGGGGAAUUAAGAAUAAACAACGGAAAACACUUGAUGCUUUGCGUUCGCUGAGACUUCCCUGCAUGCAGUCGGCUGAGCCCGCUUAUGAGUGGUGGUUAACAGACCUGUCACAUAGCGUUGAGAGAGAACAGUAUAUCUGUGAAUGAAGGCUAAAAUUGCAAUCCUUUACCCUUUGAGGCAUAUUUCAGUUGAAAAAAACAACAGGAAAGAAAAAUUGUCUCAGAGGGCCACAGAGCUACCGAAUCACCAGGACUCAAGCACGUUAAAUCAUGGUUGUUUGCUGGCCAAAGGCAUGGGCUAGACAACUCUAUCCCCCGUGCUGAAGUGCAGUUGUGCUGAGGGGGAAUCGUCUCCACAUUACUGCACUGCCUCUAGUCCUUCUCUGGGUAAAGCCCUGUCAGCGUUUCCAUGAUAAACUUCUAUUCUGGAAGGUUUUUAAUUUGACCAUAAAAAUGUGCCUCAGGCUGAAGUUUGCUAGUCAGGGCCUGUGCUGAAGAGUGAGGGGGGGCACAUCUCACCCUUCUCAACUCCCGAGGAAAAGUCAACACAGAGACGGCUGGUACAUUGUCUUCAUUGUGAUCCCAGAGUCUUGGAAUACACCAAGAUCCAAGAUGGUAAUUGUAACAUAACUAUUCAUUUGGAUAUGUUCUUUUCAAAUUGACUCACCUAACACAUAUCAUAAAAUAAUUUUUAUUAUUUUAACUUGUUAAUUACUAUAUGAUUUUCUCUCACUCUGUCUGUCUCUCUCUCUUUCUCUGUCCCUCCCCCUGCCCACACACACACACUUCUCCCUCUGUCCAAAGAUUUUAAGAACUUGACCUUGAUCAGCUCAAAGGUCCACUUUCCCCAUGAGCUACCUGCUACUUCCAUUGGAAAUUUGCACAAAGAACUCUCUGACCCAGGGGAGCCCGGGGUUGUACGCUGUGUGGAGGGUCAGAUACAUGCUUCUUUUGGAAAUCUGGGUUUCCGGGGUUUUAAUCAUCAGAUUUCAUGAAGCCACCCUAGUCUGUUGGGAGAAUAGCGGUCCAAAGAGCCCCCAGAAUUAACACUUUUGUCAACUCAGAUUUGAAGCCAGCGUAAAAUAAUACACUUCCUACUCUCCUGUUUAAAGGCAAAUAAAUCAGAGAAACUUGAGGACAUAGGAAACAUUGGAUGACUACAAACGUGCUUUACACUUGGGCUCUGCGGGGCUUACACAUGGAGCAAGUAAGAGCUGGGACCCUGGGACGUCAGAUGGAAUCUUUAGUUUGUAUGUAAUUACAUACAGAUGGGGGAGGUGCUUUAAGGGGCUCUUUUGUUUUUUAAUCAUCCCAAAUAUGCAGCCAGCCAGCCAGCCAGUAGCACUAAGGGUCAUAAACUGCCGGGAAACAGGAAAUCCAAGGUAGAGGUUUCGAGUGCCUCGGCUCAGGCAUUUUUGUUUGUUUGUUUCUGUUGCUGGCUCUAACAUGGGGGCCUCUGUGGUCAGUUUUCGGUAAGUGAGCAUCUAACUGGCAGGUGUUGUGAUCAUGCAGUUUGCCCAUAGAGACAAACAAGGGGUGUGGAUUUAUUGCUUUCUGUCAAGAAAAGGCAAUCUCAUACAUACCUGUAAAUUUCCUCAACAUUUUUUUUUGGUCAAUUAAACUGAGACCCUUAAUGUUACUUUAAUGUAAAAUUGUAUAUUUUUGACUGUGACAUACUUUAUUAAUUUUAAGUAAUUAGUGCUUAAGCCUUCAGAACUGUUGGUAUCAAGAGUAGGACUUUAAAGUGGUGUUAACUUAACAAUGCUAAUUCAUUCCAAGUCACUCAGCUGCAGUCAGGGACAGAGUAGAAUAGUUAGCUCUCUUACAUGCCCCUGACAUUAAACCCUUGGUGUGUUCAAAGAGUAAAUAAAGAGAAAUUGAAGCUGGCUCAAGGUUAGAGUCAUAUCCUUGACAACUUUUUUUAAAAAAUUUUAUUAGGAAAUUAAUAUUAGCCUUUUUCAUUCUGGCUGAAAGAAAAUUAUUAGAGGAUUACUUGAGUGUGAAAUUGAAUAGUACUUUGCCCCUGCAUACUAAAGAGGUGGGCUGGGGACUUGACACAUUUAACAAGUUUCCCUCAAGGUUUCGAUUUGGAGAAAACAAAUUCAACAUUUCCUUUGGAGAGUCUGCCCUUGUCACUUGCUGCAUGGAUCGGAUGACGUAGGUUAGUGUCUGAUUUUGGAAUCCCAAUGAAAUAACUUCCAAACAAUUUGUCCCCAUGAUUAAAGGUGGAAUGGUAUCCAAUUUCCCCCUAAUCCUUCAGUUUAAGCUCAUAAAUUGUAGGUGAAUGUGGAAUGAAAUCAUCUGUGAUAUAUUAUGUUCAUUUACCAAACGAGCUCUUUUGAUGUUGCCUGUUUUUAUGUAAAACAUGUUCUUAAACUAAUAAAGUCAUAUCUCUUGGUGUACAAAUGAUUCACAAA